CACGUUGGCGGGCGGAACUCAAAGCGAUCGCAGCUGAUCGCCGAUCACGGAAAAGAGCGAGACGGCAGACGCGAUUCAGAGCGAGAGGGAGAGCGGGAAAAGCCCCCGCUUAAAUUCUAAAAAAAACAAGGAAAAAAUCACAAAUAAAUUAAAAAGACUUUACAAGAUAUGAAACCUUAUAAACAAGUGCCGCCCGUACAGACAUAGUUGAGAUAAACAAUAAAUUGGCCUUUGGCCAAGAAAACGGCAAGAAGCAGCAGAAGAUCAGCCGUGAAUGAAGAAGAGGAAGCAGCAGCACCAGCAGCGGAUAAAGGCAGAUCAAACAAGAGAGCAACGGACAGCCAACAGGUGGAUAAAUCAGGGAAAUAAAUGAGCUGCAAUGUCCCAGGAGGCGCAGGAAGAAGAAGAUGAGGCUCUGCAGGAGGAGCAAGAGGAGGAGGAUCCCCUGGCCAACCUGCUGAGUCUUAAGCUCAAGAAGCCCAACCACUGGAACUGGGAGCUGAGCACCUCGCGCAGCUGCAGCAACAUCGCCCUGCCCCGGAUCCUCCUCUACGAUCACUCGGGCAAUCUCCUCGUGGAUGCCGACGGCCAGAAGGAGCAGACCUACACAUCCCGGGAGAUCCAGAGGCGCCGCAAACGCUCGGCCACCGCCAAUUUGGAGCGCAAUUUCCAUGGCCUCCGGAUAGCCGAGGCCACGCCCACACUCACCUCGAUUUCGAGUGGCCGGGAAAGUGGCGAAGGCCGCCGGAAAACGCAUGGCAGCUGCAUUGACUUCAGCACCCACGAGCUGCCCAACUGGGAGCCCAGUUCCCGGCGCUCCAGCUCCCUGCGCGGCGUUCGCUUCCAGGAGGCGGAGUAUCCAGAGGAGGAGCCGGCGGAGGUCCUGCCCGUCUAUCCCACGCCACCCUCCACCUCCACCCUGAACUCCUCCAGCUCGGGUCCGCGGGAGAAGCGACGCUACCGCCGCUCCCAGAGCUCCAUCCUCGAGCGGUUCAGCCUGUCGAAGGGCCGGCACUCGUCCCCGGAAUUCGCCCAGGAGGAGGAGGUGGCCAAGGCGCCGCGCUACUACCUGCGAACCAGCAAGGCGGGCACUUUGGUCAUCCGCGAGGAGAGCUUCAGCUCCCAGCGGCUGAGGCAUCGUCGCCGUCGUCCGCCGAAGCACUCGUCCAGCGAGAACAUCCUGCAGGAGAGGGAGGGGGAAAGGGAGCGGGAUCAGGAGCAGCAGGUUCCAGCCAGCGUCGUGCAGGCCACGACUCGCAGGAGAGCGCUGGAGAGAACCCUGUCCUCCUCGGAGGACGAACAGAGGGACCGGGAGCCCAGGGAACCCAGGAGAUCCAGGGGCAGGCCCAGGAACACCAGCCAACGCAGCUGCGGCAAGGAUGCGGCUCAAGAACUCAUCACCGUGGAUCCGGAUAAUUGUGUAUAUCGAGCAGCGCCGGGCGCCACCGCAAGGUAGAAGAAAAGAGGAAAAUCUACCAGAAACCAAGAGAGAAAGAAGAUAGAAAAGAAAGAAAGCCACCCAAGACGAUGAGAAGUGAACUAGAGAAAUACCUACACAGAAAGCCAGAGAACAGACAAAACUAGAGUUCCUCAUUGUGAUGUAAGACGAUAAAACCUAUGAAAAUAAAAGAAAAACAAGAAACUUA